GAUCCUGCAGUGGGGUCCGCAGUAUAACUACGAGUACAGGGGCCCCUCCGACUGCAGAGGGAUGCGCUGCGACAGAUACGAAACCUGCAUCACGAAGCCCGAUGAAAAUGCUACUGUUUCUAUUACCUAUUUCUGGUCAGAUAAGGCAUGGAACGUGACAAGCAACGGCGCCCAAGUGCCGGUUGCCAUCGAGAUUUACGCCACGGGCAAGUUUGGCCACAUUUUCCAAAGGGAGGUCAUGCAGCGCUACGACUUCUACGACUUCUACAGAGACGUCCGUCCUGAUCCAGACGAACUGGUGCCUCCGGUGGACGUCUACUGCCGUGGGAGGAAGGACAUCUACGCGCCCCCCGCGCGCCCUUCUACUUCGCCUACAACGCCGAGUCCAUCGCGGGCUUUGACCUGCCCUUCCCCGCCGGCGACAACGAGACCACGACCGUGCACUUCACCACCGUCCUGUCCCACACCCAAUACUACGACUGGGAUGCCAAGGUGGUCAGAACAAAGUACGUUCCAUGGUUCCUUUUUGGACAAGAAAACAGGUACGAAUACACCACGGAGCUCAUCCAAGACUUCCAGCAAGGACUGACAUAUGAGAUCUUGGAGCACCUGAAGGUCUGCAACAUUAGGCCUACAGAAAACUUCACAAGUGCCGGCGACAUCACAGUCGGCGACGACGGUAGCGUGUCAU